UAUAACCCCUUCAUUAUAUGAGAGACAGUCAUUAUGGUCUGUAUUGAUUGGUGGCUUUUUCUAUUGGACCAGCUAUAAUAGUGUAAAUCAGUCCAUGGUUCAACGUUACAUGUCGCUGCCGACUUUGAAGAAAGCACAGCAUUCGAUGAUGAUCUUUACGAUCAGCGCUACAAUAUUCCUUUCGUUUUGCUGUUUCGCCGGUUUAUUGAUAUUUGAUUUCUAUCGAAAUUGUGAUCCACUAAGCGCUGGACUCAUCUCGAACAACGAUCAAUUAUUACCGAUCUACGUAAUGCAAACUGUUGGUCAUCUACAGGGCAUACCGGGUCUUUUUAUAGCCGGUGUUUUUGGCGCAGGGUUAAGUUCUUUAUCGUUGGGAUUUAAUUGUACUGCAUUGGUAAUCUUUGAGGAUAUUGUGCGUGCUAGUUUUAAAAUAAAGCUAAGCGAACGCGCUUCAAAAAUACUUGUCGGAAUCGCAAUAGUUAUCCAGGGUGUAAUUGCUGUUGCGUUGAUUUUUGUUCUUGAAAAGUUAAGUGGCAUUUUGAGCGUAGUGUCUUCGCUUGUUGCCAUUGAAAGCAGUACCACGUGUGGAAUAUUCACACUCGGCAUGUUGGUACCAUGGAGCACUACAAAAGGGGCAUUAGCUGGCGCUGUUGCGGGCGCAAUUAUGUCCGGUUGGGUGUCUUUUGGCUCACAAGCAGUAAAAGCAAGCGGCCAACUUGGUUCGCAUAUUUUAGAAGUGUUUGUAUCGGAAUGUCCCGCUAAUUCCACAAUAACUGAACCCGAAUAUGUUGAUGAGUCGGAUGUAUUUCCUUUAUAUCGUUUAUCGUAUCAUUGGAUACCUGUGAUUGGUGUUUUGUCUACAUUACUGGUUGGCACUGUGACAUCUUUUCUCUGCGGACCAAAAGACUUGAAAACAUUGAACGCAAAUGUAAUAUCACCUGUAAUCCAUAGAUUUUUACCGAAGGAAUGUUUCAAUGCUACGCCUAAUGCAAACCCGAUUUAUAUUUCGGAUAAGUCCAAACACAUGAGUGCUACGGAGAAAUACUAAAAUAUGGAUUAAAUAACCUUUAUUUUAUUCCUAUGUACUUUUUCAAACCUUUUGUUUUUUGUUUUUAUUCGUAAAUCG